CCCGCGAAAGAGCAGUGAAUUCAAAAUUUCAAAACAAACCUGAUGUUGUUUUUCUUGAUAUGUAAGUGUUUACUCCGAGCUAGCUGACUGUUGGAGACACACAGCUUGAGUCUUCAUUUGGAAAAUGGACGUAGAAGGAAAGCACGAUUCCAGUACCAAUGAGAAAGUGGUGGAUAAAGCUAAACCGACUUCUAUCGAGGAUUUCAUCGUGUUGAAGCCAAUCAGCCGCGGUGCUUUUGGCAAGGUGUACCUCGCUCGGAAGAAGUCAAAUCCGCGAUUAUAUGCCAUAAAGAUGAUGAAGAAAGCAGAUAUGGUUGUUAAAAAUAUGACGCGCCAGAUGAAGGCAGAGAGAGCUGCACUUGCUUUGAGCAAAAGCCCCUUCGUGGUUCAACUGUACUACUCCUUUCAGACUGCCACCAAGAUCUUUCUGGUCAUGGAAUAUCUCAUUGGUGGAGAUGUCAAAUCUCUGCUACUCAUGUAUGGGUAUUUCGACCAGGAUAUGUCUGUAAAAUACAUUUCAGAGGUUGCAUUGGCUUUGGACUACCUCCACCGUCAUGGUAUAAUCCACAGGGACUUAAAGCCAGACAACAUGCUUAUAUCCAACAAAGGACAUGUUAAGCUGACAGACUUCGGCCUUUCUAAAGUCAAGCUUGACAGAGAGCUGAGUAUUUUGGAUAUCCUUACUACUCCAUCCUUGGCUAAACCAACACAAGAUUACUUCCGCACCCCGGGUCAAGUGCUCUCCUUAAUCAGCUCACUUGGAUUUAAUUCACCUGCAGCAGAAGGAAAGCGUCACUGCAGCGCCUCUGCUGCGUCAAGUCCAAUGUCCUGCGGCAAAGUUAGAAGGAAGAAAAACUCUCUUGGUUCUCCCUUGCUGAAGAAAAAAGAGCAGCAGUCACCGGCUAGAUUCCCUUGGAAAACAGGAUCCAACAAUGUUGUAUUUAGUCCUCACAACCUGGCUAAAAAGCUGACCCCCACCCUGCUGAAGACCAGUAAGAGGUUUGAGACGAUGAGUGCAGUCAGCACCACCGAUACUGAAGGGGCCAUCUCUCCAAUGUGGGAGUGUGAUGAGAAGGAAAAUGAACACACCAACGAACAGAAGGGGAAGUUGCCUUCUGAAUCCGAAGGGCCCAAACAGGACUGUGUGCUGACAAAAAACCCCGUUCUGGAUGAUUUGUGUCCAUCAGCCUCGUCCGUAAAGAGGACAUUUUCGGAAAUUGAGAGAAGCCCUGAGACGUUGGAGAUUCAAGCCAAGAAAAGUAACACAGCCUAUAAGAGAUGCUACAAGAUUCCAGAAGAACCUGCAAGGCCUCACACUGGCCUGACUGGAACAUUUUCCAACAUCCAAAUCGGUAACUUCUUGGCCUCCACUGAGGAGAUUGGGUUAGAUGAAGAGCGGAUCCCAACACUCUCCAGUCCCAUCGCUAAAAGUCUGUUUAGUGAACUAGAGGAGCCAACAGAGGACGUGUUUGAAGACGGACCCAAAGACCUGUCGCCUUUCACAUCACCCCUUACCGGGAACAGUGACAUUUGCAGGAGCUUGAGCCUUGAAUCUGAUGGCUCUAUGCAUGAAACAUCUCUCACUAUGCAAAGCUGUGCAUCUCUCAAGACAAGAAAGUUUGCCAAAUACAACAAUUCAGCAUCAUCUGAUGAGCAAGAGGAACAUAAAGAUUCAUCCAUGGCUGAAUCACUCCCACAAACUCCAUCUGCUGUUGCUAUGGGAACACCCAAACUUGGAAACUUUGUUCGGAAAGGAUCUGAGUGCUCCUUCCUUAACCGGCUCCCUGAUGGUGACACAAAGUCCUCCUCAUUCCUCAAGCCGAGAAAUGUUGUCAAUUUCCGUAGCUACUGUAGCUCCAUCAACCGCUCCAACAUGUCGGGGGUGUCCCGGUUAAGCACCGGUUCUGUUGAUGUUAUGGAGGUAUCCACAACUGCUUCCCGUCCCUCUGCAUCUGGCAACGCAACACCAGUGCAGAAAAGUACCAGUUCCAACAGCUCUCUAUUUCAGACUCCUCAGCCCAUGUCAACCGCUUACACCCCCUUCAGGACCCCAAAGAGUGUCAGGAGGGGGGCACUGCCUGUUGAGGGUGUACCCAUUUUAGGAACUCCUGACUAUUUGGCUCCGGAGCUUCUCUUGGGAAAACCACAUGGAAGUUUUCAGUGUGACUGCAUGGUGGAUUGGUGGGCGCUUGGUGUGUGUCUUUUUGAGUUCCUCACAGGUGUGCCACCUUUCAAUGAUGAUGCCCCUCAUCUGGUCUUCCAGAAUAUCCUCAACAGAGAUGUUCCCUGGCCUGAGGAAGAGGAGGAACUAUCUGUAAACUCAAGAAAUGCAAUUGAAAUUCUCCUAACCAUGGACAUGACUAAAAGAGCUGGUCUAAAGGAACUCAAGCCUCACCCGCUGUUUGAGGGCUUGGACUGGGACAACCAGCAAAACCAGCCAAUGCCUUUCAUACCGCAGCCAGAGGACGAAACCGACACCUCGUACUUUGAGGCAAGAAAUAACGCUCAGCACAUUGCCGUGUCCGGCUUCAGCCUCUAGAGUUAGUAACAGUUAUGUUUUAUUGAAGUGGCUGUCAACAAAUUGCGGCUAGUAGUGAAGUCAGAAUGUUGUGCGGGUUUGUGAAUUCACUUGAUCUCAUGGUGAAAAUUUCCCAGAAAUCUGAUCCACUAUAAAUACAAAAACCCGAAUCAGAAUCUGAUAGUUUCUCUGUUCAAGGUGAUAACAUUUUAAAAAGCAUUUGAGGUUUUUGCAAUCACUGGUCAUUAAAGCCAGGACAAAAGCCAUAUCUGUAAAAUGAUUACUUAGUUUACGAGUAGAAAGUAAACUUGUUUUAAACCUUGGUAUUACCAUAUUUAAUAGUUAUUUAUCUUAAAUUAGGUUCUUAUACUAGCAAAGUGGUAUUUGCUUUGGCUUUACCCUAUUAAAGGCUUUGAUCGCUGUGUUGUGAUAUAAAUGAAAUACAAGAUAAGUAAGUUCAUGUAGAUGUGUCACCUACUGCCGUGCCAACACCCAAUUUAUUUUGCCGCACUGUUCCUCAUGGUAAUGUUUUCUCUUGCUCUUAGCAGACUGGGUGGGCGAGUCGCCUGAAUUUAUCAUUAAGGGAUACAAAACCGCUUCAAAAAUACUAAUAUAUUCAUCAAUAAUCUAUUUUAAAUGUAAAUUGUGUUAAUAACUUUCAGUGUCAUUGUUUUAAGACCAUAGCAGGUUACUUUAUGUUGUAGCAGAACAGUUUUUUCUGCUUUUAUGUCAUCUUUGUUCGUUGUUUUGAUGUGUUCACCAGGUCAUAUUCCACACUACUAGUUUUAAGGAUAAGUUCACAAGGCUCCGAGUUGCGUGUGAAAUUGUAUCUUGUACAAAUAAAAUUUGUUUGUAACAUAA